GAAUUAAUGAGCGAAGGUGGGAAGGUGACGGAAGUCAACUACGUUUGCCAAACACCAUCAUCAUCCUUUUAUGUCCUUCGCCGCUCCUAUCCCUCUUCUCAUUCUUUCACUUCGUGGAACUCGCCGACCCACCCUCGAUCCCCUCCUCUUCUGCUUCCUCCUUCCCCUACCUGCGGCCUUCGGGAGGUCAACUACUCCAAUCCAAUCCGGGAGGCGGGAGCUAUGGAGGACGGGAAGAGUUUGUCGGCGGUGUCGAACGUGGGUGCGUGGGCGAUGAACGUCGUCAGCUCCGUGGGAAUCAUCAUGGCCAACAAGCACCUCUUGUCCGCCAACGAUUACGCCUUCACCUUCGCAACAACUCUGACCGGAUUCCACUUUGCCGUGACUGCACUUGCUGGCCUGGUGUCGAAUGCCACCGGGUUUUCUGCAUCGAAGCAUGUCCCACUGUGGGAGCUCCUGUGGUUUUCGCUUGUCGCCAACCUCUCCAUCACCGGCAUGAACUUGAGCCUAAUGCUCAACUCCGUCGGCUUCUAUCAGAUCUCAAAGCUGAGCAUGAUUCCCGUGGUUUGUGUCAUGGAGUGGAUCCUCCAUGGCAAGCAGUAUUCGAAAGAAGUAAAGAUGGCCGUGGUUGUAGUCGUCGUUGGGGUUGGGGUUUGCACAGUGACAGACGUCAAGGUUAACGCCAAAGGCUUCUUCUGUGCUUGCGCAGCAGUCGUAUCGUCUUCUUUCCAACAAAUCUCAAUCGGGUCAUUGCAGAAGAAGUACGCAAUAGGUUCCUUCGAGCUGCUGAGCAAGACAGCCCCCAUGCAAGCUCUUUCCCUCGUAUCGCUUGGACCCAUCAUAGAUUACUGCCUCAACGGCAAAUCCAUACUCAAGUAUGAGUUUUCUCCUGGUGCAAUCAUCUUCAUACUCCUCUCUUGUCUACUUGCUGUGUUCUGCAACAUCAGCCAGUAUCUCUGCAUCGGUCGCUUCUCAGCAGUGUCCUUCCAGGUUCUCGGCCAUAUGAAGACAGUCUGCGUGCUUAUACUUGGUUGGCUGCUGUUUGAUUCAGAAUUGACUCUAAAUAACAUAAUGGGAAUGGCGAUCGCUGUCAUCGGGAUGGUCGUCUAUAGUUGGGCUGUGGAAUCGGAAAAGCAAGCUAAGGCUAAGUUUCUAUCCAAAACCAGUUUGACCGAAGAGGACAUCCGCCUUCUCAAGGACGCUGUCGAAAACGCUUCGGUGAAGGAUGUGGAGCUCGGUGAGCCGAAGGCGUAACUGUGGAUUAGCAUUUGAUGAAGGAGCUGUAUAGCUAGCUUUAUGUAGCUCAUAAGCGAGGGAGCUUUUAGAACAUACAUUGCCGAUUCAUUUCAUAGUUCAUGGUUGGGAAGGGUUUGACAUUUCUGUUGUUCUUGAGUAAACAUUUCUGAAUCUUUGAUGGAAAUACAUUUACUGCUGCUAUAGAUUUGACAGAGACCAUUUCAUAUUACAAUCUCAUUUGCCACCGAAUGGAGUCUCUCAUUCAUCCAGGUGGAGACACAAUUGUUUAUAAGACCUCUCAUCCGCCUGCAGAGGCCGCCUCGACAAUCAAACAAUUAAAGACAAGUUCUUAAAAUUUUAAUUUGUUGUCCAAAAGUCACCAAAAUAAAGUUCCCAGAAGCCAGAUUAGAUAAUUACCUUUCUCCACCGCCAACCAGUCCAUCAAAGACAAGAACCUGAAUUAAAAGUUGCGCCAAAUAUCAUCUACGCAUACAGCCAGGCUUCCAAGUGUUUGAUAACAAAGGCAGUGAAACGAUCAUGCCAUGGAAGAGAAGAGCCUCCUAUGAAGUCUGAGAUGCGAUGUAUCAUUACAAUUUAUUUUCCUGAACAAGUACAUAGAUAUUAUGAUUGAACAUUUACUACUACCGUGUCCUUAAUCAUGCUGUAUCAUUAGAAAUAGCUAAAAUACACAUUUCCAGAGAAAGGCAAAACAGAAUCGACUAAAAAGUAUUUGAUGAACCUUCUUUAUGUUCGUGGGUCAGGCCGGGCCUGCCUUAUUGAGAUGAAUCAAUAUACAUGACUGCAACAAUACACGAACAACGUCUACCCACAAAAACUAAUAAAAAACCAGAGUUGCAUCUGCUUAUCUUGCGCAAACAUACUACACAUGGCUAUACCAACCUACCGAUUCCAUGAUCGGAAGUUUUGGUAGACGGAGUAGAGGAUAUUAGGGAGAAAAAAAUUGUAGCACACCUUCUAUCUACAAUCGAGAAAGCAGGAUCCAUGUACCCGUGGAAGACUUAAAAAGGUCCUGUUACUACCUGUGCCUGCCAAUGACAACAAAUAAGCUGGAUUUUGAAUACUGACC